GUUGCCUGAGAAAGGCAGUGCUCUCCUUUUGCUGCCAUCCAGGAAUGGGGCGGGACCUUCUCUAGGGGGCUUUGCAUGCCAAAAAAAAAAAUGCUAUCUGAGAACUGCCUUUGCAUGUCCUGGGGAUAAACCUCCAUUUCGUCAGAUGCACAAAGUCAGCAGAAAUGCAUCGAGAGAAGAGAGAGGAAAAACAAAUUGUGAACAGUGAGUUUAAAAGACCAUGAAAUGCAAGAGGUGUUAUUGGCAACUUUUCCAUGCAAGGCUGAAAAGUGAAGUAGCUGAGCUCAGAGACCAUUCCCAUUCGCUGCAGCUGCAGUAACACUGGCUGACUAGUUUUCCAUUAAGCUACCAUGGGGCCGGAAUGAUUUUAUUUGCACUGACCGCCGAAAUCAGAUAGGGAGUGGACUGCGUCCUUCUCCACCCCCCGGCCGGGAAUGAGGGUCGUAGUUCAGGGGAAAGGACUGAACCAAAGAACGUUAGCACUCUUCCUGGAGUAAUCAAAGUUUAAAGAGAGAUUCAAAUCAUGGACCUUUCUGAUACACCGAAGAAAAGGGUUGCCAUUAUCGGAGGAGGCUUGGUGGGUGCUUUAAAUGGCUGCUUCUUUGCAAAGAAGGGGUUCUCUGUGGAAAUCUAUGAAGCCAGACAAGAUAUUCGUGCUUCCAGCCUGGCUCGUGGUAGAAGCAUUAAUUUAGCUUUGUCUCACAGGGGACGUCAGGCCCUGCAGGCUGUGGGGAUGGAAGACCAGGUUGUGUCUAAAGGCAUUCCCAUGAGAGCAAGAAGGAUUCACACACUUUCAGGAAAACAGUAUUCAAUUCCUUAUGGGACCAAGAGCCAGUACAUUCUGUCUGUUGAUAGAGCAAAUUUAAACAGGGAACUGCUAACUGCUGCAGAGAAAUAUCCCAAUGCUAAAUUGCACUUUGAACACAAACUGCUGCACUGUGAUUUAGAAACGAGGACAUUGACCUUUACAGGAUCAAAAGAAAUUACCUGUGAUCUGAUUGUGGGCUGUGACGGAGCAUUUUCCACAGUCAGGAAGCAGUUCAUGAGGCAAACACGUUUCAACUACAGCCAAAUGUAUAUUCCUCAUGGAUACAUGGAAUUGACAAUUCCCCCAAAAGAUGGAGAGUUCGCGAUGGAGCCGAAUUUUCUUCACAUCUGGCCCAGGAACACAUUCAUGAUGAUCGCUCUGCCCAAUCUGGAUCGGUCAUUCACGUGCACUCUCUUCAUGCCUUUUGAGGAUUUUGGAAAGCUCACAACAGGAGACCAAGUGCUGGAUUUCUUCAAAAUGUACUUUCCAGAUUCCAUUCCCUUAAUUGGAAAGGAAGCUCUGAGGCAAGAUUAUUUUUUGCUACCAGCCCAAGCCAUGGUCUCUGUGAAGUGCUCCGUGUACCACAUAGACUCUUGCUGUGUGCUGAUGGGGGAUGCCGCGCAUGCAGUCGUCCCCUUCUAUGGGCAAGGCAUGAAUGCUGGAUUUGAAGACUGUCUCGUUUUUGACGAGUUAAUGGACCAGUGUCAAAAUAAUCUCAGUGUCUGCCUCCCUGAGUUCUCCAGGCUGAGAGUUCCUGAUGACCAUGCAAUUUCAGAUUUAGCCAUGUACAAUUAUAUAGAGAUGCGCUCCCACGUUAACUCAAAGUGGUUCAUCUUUCGAAAGCAUGUGGACAACUUCCUUCAUGCCCUCCUGCCCUCUACCAUUAUCCCUCUCUACACAAUGGUCACGUUCUCCCGAAUCCGCUACCAUGAAGCCUUGCAAAGGUGGAAAUGGCAGAACAAGAUGAUCAAUAGCGGACUCUUGCUGAUGAUGGCAGGAGCAACCGUCAGUGGUAUAUUCCUGAUCAGGAACUGCAUGCAGCCCAAAUUGGACGUCUGUGUUGAAAAUCUCUGGAGAUGGACUCUUGGCCUCAGGAAAUUUGUAGCAAUAGCACAGAUUAUACCAUCUUUUUAAAAUCAAGAGAGACAGUAGGGGAGCUUGAAGUCUCAAUGAAAUCUCUCUGUGGCAAGUCAGAUCCUCCAGGUAGUCCAGUCACUGAGGACAAAGGCUGCCACCAGAUCAAAAUUACGUUGAUUAUAAGUGCUGUAUUUUUUAAAAUAAAGUUUCUCAGUUUA